CAAGCCCUUUUCAGUUUCUCAAAAUCCAACAUGGCGGCCACGAGGGCAUUGGUGUUACUUAAUUGUCUUUCAUGUUCGCGAAGAAGUAACAAGUUUCUUGGGGUUUUUACUCGGAAUUUGAGUGAUGCAAGAGUUUUAUUUAGUCGCCAACCCCCAAGAAUACAAAGUUGCUACAGGACGAAUAUUGCAAGGUCAAUGUGCUCAUCUCAGUCAGCGUUAGACUUCAUAGAUAAAGACAAAGGCAGAACAAGUCCAACGGAAAAAGAUGCUGAUGACACAGAUUCGACAUCAUCACUGAGUCAGAAUGAACUUCUGAAGCAGAUAAAUAUAUUUGAUACUGAUGAAAAGGUUGAAAUUCCCAAAGCUGCAGAUUCUCAUAUGACCUCCUCAAUGUUAGAUGAUGAACUUGUCAACAAAUUCGUGAAUUGCAUGAUGUGGGGUGGUAAAAAGUCUUUAUCACAGAAAAUCUUUAAACUGGCAAUGGAAGAGAUUAAGAAGGAACAAUUGAAGAAGCAAAGACAAUCAUCCCAACCUGACUCAGUAGAGACGGAUCCUUUACAAAUUUUUGCUACUGCAAUUGAGAAUUGCAAGCCAGUCAUAGGAGUGGUAGGCAUGAAGAGGGCAGGUACUGUGUACCAGGUGCCAAGCGCAAUCAACCAACGGCGCCGUCGAUUUUUGGCCAUUAAAUGGCUCAUCAAAGCUGCUCGGGAACAGCAAAAAGGCAAUGCCCGAAUGUACAAGAAACUUGCCAAGGAGCUGAUGGAUGCUUACAAUAAGGAGGGUACUGUCAUUAAUAGGAAGCACGAACUACACAAAAGAGCUGAAGACAACAGAGCUUACGCACACUUUCGGUGGUGGUAAUACUGUACUAAAGUACAACAAUGAACUGUUGAGUUCCAUGAUUUUCUUUCCAUUUUCUUGUUUUACGUGAUGUUUCAGCAGAGAAAUCGCUGCUUGGUUGAAAUGCUGAAUGAUCUUACUUUGUAAACUCAAAAGUAUAGGUCAUGGAGGACAAGUCUACAGAUACUUUUUUGUCACCAGAAAGCCCUUCCCUAUUGAGUAUAAAGAAAUAUUGUGUAAGACGUUUGUAGUCAAUUUAAUCAUUUCCUCUUCCUUCAUCGUUGUUGUCAUUUGGUUUUUAUUUUAUUGUCAUGUUUGACUUCCGCUUUUCUUCAAGCAAUGUAUUAUAUCUGCGUUGACUAUAUUUCGGUCGUGAAUUUUAAAUGCUUAAAAGCGGUAACAAGUUAUAGCUUUUUGGCAGUUUGAUGGUCCAUUGCGUUUUAUCGCCGAAUUAUUUUAGUGGCAGUAGCAUGUACGUUUCUCGUCUAAUGGCUCAUCAGUGCGUUUUAUCGCCGAAUUAUUUUAGUGGCAGUAGUAUGUACAUUUUUCUUCCAAUGGAUCAUCAGUGCGUUUUAUGGCCGAAUUAUGUUAGUGGCAGUAGUAUGUACGUUUUUCUUCCAAUGGAUCAUUGUAUUGAUCUUAUCGGUCAACGGGGAAUUUGGGGAAUAGGACGUGAAGCGUAUGCAUUCACUCAUGAAACAAAGGUGUCAAAUUACUGCUCAACAGAGACACUUUCCGCUGUGUCUAGUCGCAUGUCGAGUGUAUGUAAGUUGACGACUAGGGAAGUUCUUACACAUUUUCCACACUUGCUCUCUGAUUUUCUCUCGUUUCUUUCCUGUCAUUCUUAGUAACCUUUUUGGUAUACUUCAUUGAAUGAUCAAGAACAGGGAGGACCACUGAAGAUCAUAUUUUGCUCAUUUUGGACAAGCUUGUGCCAUUUCACUAUCCAAAACGAGUUACUCCCAAAAACGGAUCAAUAUUCCGUAACGGUGACUCUUUUUUAAGGGAAAGUACAUGGACGAGGCAUGUCCGAACGAUUUGCUGCCCAAUAGUUACAUUGUGUGGGCCUGGGCUUACGCCAGGGUAUGUGGCAGUUUCAGUUUACCACAUUAUCGGCAAGCGGUUUGGGCCAUAUAUUGCAGCUGAAAUCUCUUCGGCAAUUACUUUUGUUUUCAUCAAGCUAAAUCAUUAAAAUUUAUUUUGUCA